CUGGCUUGGCGUUAGCGCGCCCAUGAAGCAUUAGAUUGACACUUGGCACAGAAUGCCAGCAUUACAAACAACAAAAGAGCUGUUUAUUCCAGCUAAAUUUAAAAGAAUUAACGAAACUUUUAACCAAGGUGUGGAACAAGAUGAUACCUUUAAUCUUCUGCGGAGUCUGACAAACGCAGACAAUGCCAAACACCUGGUAGAUUCUUUUAAAAAGGUCUCAAAAUGUAUUCAGAAGCGACUGUCUAAUGAAGGGCUGGAGUCUGUACAUCGGCACAUUGAGUACCUGGUACAGCUGUUCUUUGUCUGCACGACGAAGAAUCCCCUUCGAAGAGUUCUCAUAAGCUUUUUUCAAAGUCUGCCCAAGGAUGUGUCUGUGCAGACAGUACAACCUGCCAUCAUUGAGCACCUGACUGACCUGUACACGGGGGCACAGAAUGUCCAGGGAUUGGGGAACGAUGAAAUGCUGGAUGUUAGACAUGACAUUGAUUCCAUUGCAGCCAUCACAGAAAACUUUCCACUUGGCAUUACUUCAGUCAGUAUUGUCAAUGUGGAGACUGUAGAGUACUUAUCCAAGCUGAACCUACUCUUCAUUAAAGCUACCAGCCAGUCUCCGGUACAGCAGAAUGAAGUCAUGCACCACUGCCUGGUGGCUGUUAAGUUGACCAACCGUAUCUGCCAGAAAACUGCCUCCACCUUGAAAACCAGAUUACAAGAUGCAGAAAGCAUGCUUCACUUUCAGCUCAUUGCCAGACAAUGCAUUCUUUGUGAUAUAGAAGUUCUAUACAAAGUUGAGUUCCUUGUUGAUUGUAAGACAACUAGUGCCAUGAACAUCUGCCUCAUGUUAAAGUGUUGCAGUCCAGAAAUCGACAUUCUUCACUUGCUGUCGAAGACGGCCUUUGGACACCUGACCUGGGUCCAUGAGCUGGUCCCAUCCCCUUCAUCACCCCUUAGCUGGGCAGCCAACCUCCCACUUGACAGACUGUCCAAGACCUGUCUGUCCCCAUCCAGCUACCUAUGCUUCUGUUACGGAAUGCUGACCAUGGCUGCCAUGGAAACACUUUUAGGCCAAGCUGGAGGAAAGGUGUUCCUGCUUCAUGGUCUCUUGCCAGAGUUUCUGGAACUAGGAGAAUGUUGCUCUGAUGUUGGGAGUAAGCUGUUGGCUGCCAAGUCUGUCUGCUUUCUGACGCAGAGAAUUAGAGAUAACUUAGCCAUGACAACAGCUACUGAUGAUGUGUGGGGUCAUUUCCAUGGUGACAGUGUUGCCAUGCAGACCAUUCUACAGUUUGUGUUCACUGCCUGGGAGGAUGCUAUUGAUGCAGUGCGAUUCACAGUGAGAGACAUAUUCCAGAAUGUGCUGGCCAUUCACAUUUACUUUCUCAACCGUAAAGGAUUAUCUAUCAUGGAUGAUCCCUUCCUUCACAAGCUUACCUGUACCAUUCUCCAUGAUGUGCCUUGGUCUUGUAAAGGCAAAUAUGGCACCCUGGCAGCACUGGUAGGCCAUCUUGGAAGUGCCAGGAUGUUGCAGUGGCAGUCUGGGAUAGCAGCAGCAAUUUUGCAGCAAUUGCAGGAACACACUCUGGCCUGUUAUGCCAGUGAGCUGUAUGAAAAGUUAUUCCUAAGCCACAUGUUUGAGAUCUUGGUAGCUGAUCAAGCAGAUACAGCCAAGCAGACAUGGUUCAGUGAAUGGGUGGAGCCAGUUAUCAGGGUUCUCUGUGGUCCAACCACGCUCCAAAAGAAGCACACCAUUGAGUAUGUGUUACCAAGGUUACUGAAGUGUGGUGAAAAUGUUUUGGCAGACAUGGUUCAUUGGUUGUCCGGAAGGCUAACUGAAAAGCAGUCAAACAUUGAAUCAGGAAAUGUGAUUGGAGCAUUGAUAUUGUGUCUACGUAGAGCUAGAGCCAUGGGACAGCUUAAGUCUGGCAGUAAGAGAAAAUCACUGUUAGAGGAAAACUCUCAUCAAACAGCUAAGCCAGCAAAGCCUUCCAAGGAAGGCUCUAAGAAAAAGACUAGUCUGAAGGAAACAGAAGAAUGCAGCACCAGUGACAUGGAAAAUAUAUCACAACAAUCCAAGGACCUGUGGUUAGGGAUUGUUGACGUAGGUUUGCUGGAGCAUGCCCUUGUUUGCAAGGACGAGCAGGUGCGACUGGAUGCUUUUGCCCUCCUGUGUGAGAACCAGAAGACGGCUGAGCCUGUGGAGAACUGCGAGAUCUUGCUCGUGAAGAGAUUUAUACCCAGCAACCUAAAUAAUCAGAACUCAGCAUUCAGGCAGCAGUUUACUGCUCUCAUUAAAAAGUUGCUUUUAAGAAUGAAGGAAAGUAGUGGACCCUUGAGAAAGCAAAUGUCUAAAACUCCUGCUGUCAAGCAUCAUCUUCAGAACUAUAUGGAUUUCCUGCAAUGGUUGAGGGGUUGUAUGUUAGACAGUCUCUAUCCUGGGGCAGUGUUUGCCCAGAAAACCACCUGCCUCACCACUCUGGCUCUGCUCCAUGCAAUAUUUGGCUCCUUGGAGAAGGGCAAUGAGGCCGGAUGUGGGUUCAGCUUCUUUCCGGGCUUGCGGAUGACGGACAUCCAUACCCUGCUGUUCUGUCUCACGGACACGUUCGAGGACAACAAACAUGAGGCUGCCAGAAUAUUGAAGACACUGGCCACCCACUCUGAAACGCAAUGUUUGAUGACAGCUGAUAUCCUGCAAGAGGUAUUUGACCUUGCCCUGACCUUGUCCCAAAGUGCCCGACAGGACAGCACGACGGGGGCAUACCUGUUCUCCGUGCUCACCCAGCAGCCACGUGCAAGGGACAUUCUUUUACAGUAUAUACACCCAUCAGGAGGCGGGAAUGAUGGAGGCAGUCUGACUGGUGACACUGGAACAGCACAUAUAUCACAAGUUACAGGAGCUGUGUAUGAAAAGCAUGACUUAAAUGAAGUAAAAGAAUCUUUAGCAAAAGAAUAUAAUGUAAGAGGGAGUGGAGACUCAGAGGUAUCGCAGAGCUACUUGUUGUUGCGCAUCUUGCUGUCUAGCCUGGAGAGUCAGUACCGUACAGCCAAGACCAGCCUGAUAGUGGCAGCAGCCACCUCGCCCCUUUACCCCACCCUCAUGUGUAUGAGGUAUUGCUUCAACAAUAUACACUUCAGAACUAUCCCUGAUGAAUAUUUAUCAGCCUGGAGGCAGCUACUGAAGAAAUUCAUCAGCCUGUAUAUGCAGAUAUCUGCCAUUGUGUCGCCGGUGGUUUGCAACUCCUCACCAGAGGGGAAUGUCCCCACUGAGUCACUCACAGACCUGUCCUCUUUGGGUAUCAUGGAUGCAGACAGUGUGGCCCGGAGCCACGAGACAGUCAUGUUGAUGCCGGAGUACCUGACUGUGUGCUGCUGGCGGACGGUAAAGGAGAUCUCACUCAUUCUCGGCCAGCUCACCUCAGCACUGCCCCUACAGGAUGAUGAUGAGCUUCUCAAUUUUGAACAGGUCUUGGAAAUUGGCAAAUACUUCACAAGUCUGUUGCUGGAGUCUAAACAUAGAGGGGCAUUUGAGCUGGCCUAUGCUGGCUUUGUGAAGGUCACUGAGGUCCUCUGGAGGAGUCCUAGCCUCAUUCUGCUCAGCCUGCCCAGCAAGUGGCUGGGGGAGGUGAUGUCUGACAUCCGAUCACAUGACUCCCGCCUCUGUGCCACAAGGAGGAGUGCUGGCGUACCCUUUUAUGUGCAGGCCCUUGUCACCACAGAGCCAAGUUCGACUGGUCGCCAGUGUUUCAGACAAACAGUGCAGGAGUUACUUGGCCUUGCCCUUGACCAGUCUGCAGUUACCAUGGAUACAUGCACAGGAAAAGUGCAUGCGCUGAACAUCCUGCGGGCUCUGUACAAAGACUCCCGACUGAAGGAUGAUGUAGCCCCAUUCAUUGCUGACGGGUUGCGGGUGGCCAUACUGGGAUUCAAGUCUCCUCUUUGGGCUGUCAGGAAUUCAGCCACCUUGUUGAUGACUGCAAUGAUGACUCGGGUUUUUGGUGUCAAAAGGAGCAAAGACGAGUCAACUUUUUCAAGGAAAAAUUGCCAGACAGGGCGAACGUUCUUCUACAACUACCCAAUCCUGUAUCAAUUCCUGCUAGGUGAGAUCGCCAUGGCAACAGAAGACAUCGCCCACCGUCUCCACCCAGGGCUGUUUCCUGUCCUGAUGGUUCUCGGCCGACUGUUUCCAUCCGCCAUGGAGGGGACCGAUACCAGUCUCAACCUCCCCGCCUUCAUACCUUAUGUCAUCAAAUGUAGUGCAAGCCCUGUUAUGAAAACAAGAGAAAUGGCUGCCAAAGCUCUGCAGCCAUUGGUGGAUAAAGACCAUGUGACCACGGUGUUUUCUGACCUCAUGACCUUAGUAUGA